AUGGAGAUGAUGAAGGAGGGAGGUGCUUCGGGGCUCGGGGGGCCAGACUCGGCGACGACGCCUGUCGCGAACAUGGAUCUGAGUGCCGCCGGCAUCUCUCCGUUGUCGGCGGAGGUUUUGACGCGAUUAGUGAAUGCCACUGCGCUGCUUACGGGAGACGAGCAGCUCCAGAGGGGUGUGAAUUCCGCCUGCGGCACCGCAGAGAAGGACGCACUCGAUCUCGCCUGCCUCCUGUUGUUGGGCGGGAGAGGCUGCGCGGCGGACUCGCCCGUGUCCCUCGCCGAGGACCUCGGGCAAGGCGAGGGGGCAGACGCGAGCCCGUCUGCGGCUGUUGUGCGCCUGAGCGCCUCCGCGGCCCCGCAGCCUCCUCUUCCUCCUCCUGGCGCCCUGUCAGCAUCCACCGAAGAACUAAGACUGUCCAGCCACGCCUCUGAGAGGCCAGAUGCCGGGCGACAGCCAGCGCUGGGCACGCAUGCGCCCGACUCUGCAGAGUCCCUUUUCCUGUCAGAAUGCGGCGCGCAGGUCUCCGCGAAGCCCGCACUGUUUCCUGAUUCCGUGCUGCGGAGCCUCGUUUCAUGCGCCGGCGCAGGCAGCAGCGCACUCGAGGCCGAGAGCGGAGCGGCACUCGAGAAGGAGGUCAAGUCGAAGAGGAGGUGCAGCGAGGAGGAGAGCGGCGCGGCGCGGAGUCGGAAGCUCUGCAAAGGUGUGUUCGCCGGCGCCGACCGCCAAACUGGAAAAGACGCCUACGAGGCAAGCCCCGCCCCCGGGAGACACGGGGCUCCGGCGGCAGCGUCUCUGCAGUGCUGCGAUGAGCAGGCUCUGGCUUCUCCUCCGGCUGCCGAUAUGCGAGGGCGAUCAUGCGGUUUGGAGGCGCGCUGUGCAGAAGCACGCAAGGCGGGAAAAGCGAGCAAGCCCACGGGCAUGCCGGCGGCGCGCCAGGGGUUGCCACUGGAGCGGUUGCCGCGGAGCGUAAAUGCCGCCGCAACCCAUGGAGCAGCGCGAGAGGAGAUGACGGAGCGUUGUUCGGCGUUUGAUUCUUCUUCCGGAACGCCUAGGGCGUCGGCACGGGACUGGCAGCUGAAGGUUACAGGCGCAGACGCGCCUGCGUCGCCUUCUACGGUGGCCUCGAGGGGUAGUGUGUCUUUCGGCACAGCGACGUCGCCGAGCGUCAAGCAGGGGUCGGGCUUGCUGGCGCCUGAAGCGGCUCCAGAAGAGGACUUCUCCCCCCCUUCGUCUCGCGGGUCCUUGCCUGCUUCAGCCGCCAUCCGAGCCGCCGCAGAAGACGGCGCGUCUCCGAGCCCGCCUCCUUCUCGCGACUCAGGUGCUUCUGAGUUUUGUCCUGUGAGGGUCGUGCCGCAGGCGGUCGCGAAUCCCGCGUUGUUUUCGAGUGUGCGGCGCCUGCAGCGGCGGAGCUUGAUGAAGUUGACUGGCUCUGACGAGGGUGCGUACGGGGAGAACUGCUGCGCGUCGCUGCUCACGCUCUUUCGCCUCCUGCAAGAACGGUAUGGCCUCUCGCCCGCUUCAGUGUUUUUGGAUAUUGGGAGCGGCAGCGGAGUGCCUUCGUUCCUCGCCGCGAGUGCCGUGGGCUGCGUGGCGUCGCUCGGCGUGGAAGUCGACAGCAACGUGUACGCCAUCGCAUGCAACAAUCACCUCAAACUCCUCGACGAGCGACUGUUGGCCUCGCUGGGGAUGCAUGAUCUCCUCGGCCGACUCAAAGUGCGCGCGCUGCGCCUCGCCGCCGCGUCUCGUGAGCGAUCUUCCGGUUCCUCUCUCAACGCCCUUCGCGAGAGACAGAGAGAGCAGGAGGGAGAGGAAGGCGCGGGAGGCCACGAAGACUUUCUGGCGCCGCUUGAGCCGCUCGCCUCGCAGGCGCUGCGCGAGACGCUCCGCGCGCGGGUCGGCGUCACAGAGGAAGACUUGCUCUUCUCCGUCGCGAACGUGAACUCCCCGCCAGCUGCCCUCGACGACGACGGCGAGGGGGGAGGGCGUGCCGGCUCGACGCCAGGAGCGAGGAAGCCGGAGGCGGCGAAGGAACGCAACACGCGUGAGAAACGCGCACGCGAAGAAGGCGAAGAGAGAAACGCGGCGAAGCAGGAAGCUGCGCGUGCAUCGCUGUCGUCGUCUGUGGCGCGUUUUACAUCAGCUGACAGCGGCCGCGAGGCUGAGAGGACGUGUGCCCCGUCGUUGCCCUUUUCGCUGACUCCUGCAGGUUUGGCGUAUCCGUGUAACGUGGGAUUCAAGUGUGCAGAUGCCUCUUUGUUCGCGACGUUCGACGGCGUCUCACAUAUUUUUUCGUUCGAUUUGGCGAUGCCGCCGCGCGUGCUUUUCCGCCUCUGCUCGGUCUUCAAUCGCUCCAAGUCCCCCGUCGUCUACGUCUCCUUCCAUUCCUCUCUGGUCUCGACUUACGGCCUGAAAGCGCGCCUCGUCCAGCGGCUUUGCAUGCGCAUGGCGGGGAGCGCGGAGAGCCAUGUCGCGUUCAUCUACGUUAGAGAAAACUGUCUCGCGUUCGUCUCGCCGCCGCCGCAUCUCCUGGGCGACGCCGCGGGCCGUCCCUCGUGGGGGCCCGGGGCGGUCUCAGAGAAACCUCAGGCGCCUUUUUCUGCGGCUGCGUCCUCGUCUUUCGGCGCGCGAGGCCUCUGCGGCAGGACAAAGAGAGACACGCCAGAGGCUGGCGAGGAGGUGCCCGCUGACGACGCGAACCGGUGCGGCCUGCAGGGCAGCCGACGCGGUAAGGGCGGCUCGCUACCGCAUGCGCAGGCACCUGGGCGCGUAGACGCGGCGGAAGCCAGUCGCGGCAGAGACGACGAAGAUGGGGGAACGGGCGGGGCGCUGAUGGCGGUUGGGUCGAGGGGGAACGCGGAGACCUGGAUGGACAUGGAGCGCGCGCAAGUGAUGAGGGCACUUUUCCUCCGCGGCAUGGCACUCAGCCGCACCGAGAAGUUCUUCAGUCGGUGCGUCCUCGCAGGCGUCCUCCCGAGGGUCGCCUUCACACUCCUGCACUCGGUUGCGCACCUCUGUGCAGAAGUGAGCGCCGGGGCUCCGAGCGAGGUGGGAGCCGAAGAGACCUGUGGGCAGGCUGGGCGUGGGAAGACCGACAACAAUGCAGAAGGCGGAGAAGAGACGCGCAGCCCGGCUCCGUCCGAAUCCGGCAGCGAGGAGAGAACGGCUGCGUCGAUGAGCUCCUUCUCUGUCGUCACCCCCCUCGCGUGCUGCCGGAAAUGUUGCGCAGACGUCUUCACGCAGGAGGCAGGCUCGCAGAGAGACGUCGCAGACAGGGGUUGUUCACGCACAAGCGUAGAGAACAUGCCGUCCAUUCGCGGGUUUCCUCUCCCCCUCUCGCCCCUGCCCCAGCAGCAGCUGCUUCUUCUCCGUCGCCUCUUCGCGGCGUUCGGCCUCGAUCAGCUCCUCGAGGCUGGCGCGCUCUCCUUUGAGCAGCUGAGCGACCUCCUUCUUCUGCGGCCCGCGGCCGCGUGUGCAUGCCGACUGCCGCCGGCUGUCUCCUCGCGCGAGCAGGCGCCAGAGGAGAGGACAGGGCGCGCGGCCGGCGCCGCCAGGGGCGCGAAGAAAGCCCACGCGUCGCUGCGGUCGCUUGAGUCCUUCGUCUGCUCCCACGGCGUCGAGAGGCUGGCGAGGUUUCUCGUGAAUCUGCUUCUGCGGAUUCUUCUGGUCCGCGUGGAGCAGCAGCAGCCGGCGGAGACGAGGGCGGUGGCGGAGGAGCCGCUGACCAGCCGCCGCGACGCGCUGAGCCUGCUGCAGCGCACGCUUCUGGAAGUCCGCGUCUGCAGAAAUUGGGAGAAGCAGAGGCAGCGAGCGUCUGCGGUGUCGCUGGACGCAUGGGGCACGGAAGCCUCUCCGCUCAGUCGGGUCAGCCGCAGGAGCGCUCGAGCGCGGCGGACGCUGGCUGGCGCGGCCGGCGCGGCAGCGAGGCCUGCAGCCGAGAGAGUGAAUGCAGUCAUCAAGGAGAUCUCCACGUUAGGCAGAAUGGAGGACCUCCACAGCGAGCCGGGCGCGCGAACGCCGCUCAAUGCACCCGACGACGCGGCUGCGACGCGUCGCCUGAGGAACAAGGAACGCCAGAGCGCCCUCUACGCGGAGAGAAAAACGAGGCUCGGAGGUCGCGCCUCUCCACUGCCGCACGCGACGCCGGCCGAGCAGAAGCGUGGAAAUGGAGCGACUCGCGGCGUCCAACAGAAGGGAAGCCUUGCGCGCGGAACGAAGGAAGCUAACGACACGAGCGUGCGGACGCUGGAACGCGGAGACAGCCGAGAGGCGCUGGCAGCUUCGCUCGACGAGAAGUGGAUGCGGUUUCAUGUGCGCUACGGGCAGCCCGCGUUUGAGGGGGACGACCAGGACGCAGGCGUGGAAAUGCAAGUGACUGAAGCGCCCCUCAGGCAAGAAACAGGCCUCGGUGGCGUGCUGGAGCUUCCAUGUCUCUCGCCUCUCUGCUACACGUGCGGCGAUCGAAGCUUGCUGCCGCAGCUCCUCGAGGCGAACGCCCCGCCUGCCGUCCAGCAGUUAAAAAUUCAGUCUGAGAUCCUGCAGCUGCAAACGAACCCGCUCAUUCAGCUUGCAGACAAGGAAGGCCAGGAGGCGUGGGAAGCGAAACUCCGGGGGGAAGCAGAAGCCUUUCUCUUUGACUCGGAUGAGGACUCCGCUGACAGCGAUGACGAAGACGCAGCCGCAAGUCACCAGCAGCUGGCCGGCGGGGCUGGAACUCGCAGAGAAGGCUCCUGCGCACUCGGGACGAGCGAGCGAAAGACCGGGGUUUCGGCGGAGAGGAGAUGCGAUGCAUCACGCGGCCCUCGUGGCGCCGAAGACGAGGAGAGCAUGCACACAGGCGCGUCGGAGCCCAGCAGGAUCAGUGAGGGCUUUUUUGGCGAAGGCGGGUGCGACAGUCUCAAGUGGGAAGCCCUCGAGGCGCCUCGGCCUCUGCGCUGCCGCCAUGCUGCGCGGGCAGCGAUUGUCCAGCGCCUGGGUGCUUUUCUUUCCCUGGAGGGGACGUGCGCGGUUGCCAAAAAAGGCGAAGAGGCCUCGCUAGAGGAGCGGGCCUUCCAUGACUUGCUCGACGCCCGCCUUCAAUGCAGAGUCAAAGCGAAGGGGGAGUCGCCUGUUGCUUCAGUUCCGUCGCACCUCUCCGAGUCCUCCUCUGUCUGCGCGUCCUCCUCUGCCGGCGGACUGCUUGCUGUCGAAGAGGACGUGGCCUCUGGGGUGUCCGCCGAGCGAGUCGGCGCGCAGCCUCGGGACGCUCCCGCGCCGUUGUGGGUAUUUUCGCAGUCGCCCUCGGAGCCGAUCUGCUUCCUCGCUAGCCCAGAGAAGAAGAAUCCGCGCGUCUUCGAGUACGGCGACACAGCCCCGCUUGUCUGGCCUUGUGUCCGCGCGGUGACACACGCUGGCGGGGAGGCCAAAAAGGAGGUCACGAGCUGGAACGUUCAAUUUCUGCGCGUUCAGCAGCAAGGCUGUGUCGCGCCAGGGGUCGGAGACCCGAGGGGCGCGUGGCUAGGUGCUCGCGGGUCGCUUGUGAACAGGGGCUGGCCUUGCGGACUCGCUGGUCUCGCCGGAGGAGCUGGCUGGCAUGUGCCUCGCGCAGAGGCCGGCGCCGCCCGACAGAGACACCGGGGGCCAGCGGAGAGGGUCUCUGCGGCUAGCUUGGGUGCGGCGGCGCAGCGAAGAGGGAGAGGCGGGUGGGAAUGGGGUCGCCGCGCAGCCGAGGAGAGGCGAGGGGGUGCUCAGGACGGUGGCGACGGCGCAGGCGGCGCGUUUUCUGCGUCGGCGAUUGACAAGGAGCUCGACCGGGACAUUGCGCCGGGCUUGGAUCUGUUUGAUUGCUGGUGGGAACUCCACUCGUUUCCAGUGAGUGCGGAGUGCGACGCAGGAACGCGGUACCGCGAGGCGAGGGCGUGGCUGAUGGCGGAGCUGGAGGCGCAGGAGCUGCGCGUGAUUCAGCUGCUGAGUCGCCUGAACGCGCCGUUGCUGCGGCUGUCGCGGCAAGCGGCUCUCGACUGCUUGCAUCGCGACGCGGAAACGUCUCCCGAAGAGUUCGCUCAGAUGCAGCGACUGUACGGGGGCGCUGCGGAGCACGUCGCGCGCCUCUGGCAGCAUGCGCGCUUCCUGGAGCACGCGCUGCUCCAGGAGUUCCUGCUUGCGAAUGAUCGGGGCGCUGAGCGUUCGCGCCUCGCUGCGGGCGACCGGCUCGUCCACGUCCGCUACGUCUGCCUCCUCAGCACCCAGCUCCUGCGCCUCCAGCAGCUGCAGAAGCUACGCGAACUGGGGGAUCCCCGCACGUCGCCGGCGCGUGCCAACGCGCUGAUCAAGCAGCUCCACGAGGAGACGUGGCCCCAGGUCUUCGUGCGCCUGCCGGCAGACGCGCGCGACGGGUCUUUUCCUGAGCAGCAGGGACAGGCGCCGCCGCCGCCGCGUCUCUUCCGCGCCCGGGCGCCUGAGGAGGCGGCAGACCUCGAGGGGCGCGCCGGUGACCACGACGCGCGCGCGAAAAACAGCGGGGCGGGCGGCGCGGAAGGCAGCGAGGAAGCUGCGGGGUCUGGCCCCCACGCUCUGUGGCAAGCGCCUGCGGAGGCAGUCACAGAGGUCGCCAUCUCUCUCGUCGCGUCGCUUUUCAGGGCGGAGCGCACAACCGCCAGAGUCGAGGACCUCGUCGACGGCGUCCUGCGGCUGUGGGAGAUUCUCUGCAGCAGGACGCACGAGCUUCCGGCUGAGGAAAUGCGGCGCCGCGGCGAGGCGGAGAGGGCAAGCGCCGUGGUGGACGCCUACCUCUGCUCGUUUCUCCCGGCACUGCCCGCGCGGAAGAAGACGCGCGGGGAGCAUCGGGAACAAACCGAGAUGAAGGAGCUCCGAAUGCUGUGCAGCUUCCUCCGCCGCAAGCUGGACGAGUUUCGAAAAAAGUGCUUGGCGGCGAAAGAGGAGGAAGAGCGCGCUCUGAUGCUGUGGCUGCUCGAGAGAGAGAACUCUGCGGACGAAGUCCUUGCGCUUGAACCUGGAAAGCGCGAUUUCAAAACGCCUUUCGAGGCGACAGCUUCUUCGGGGCUCGGCGGAGGUGCUGCGAGUGGGACGCGCGUGUGGAAUGCUGCGUCAGGUCGGGCUGAGCGCGGAGAAGUUCGGAGUUCGACUUUGCGAACUCUGGUGGAGACAGCGACAACCCCGUGCGGCGGGCUGACUCAGGACUAUUCGCGCGCCUUCUCAGCGUGUCCGUUGAAGGCGAAUCAGCGUGGCGACAGAGGCACCGGUUUAGACACUCCGCCCCUCCUGUCUCGCGGUGGGUCUCCGAGAAGGGACCAUUUUGCGUUCGCCUUCUUCGAGGCCGCUGGAGCCCAUGGGAUGCUCGAGGCUUUCUCCUGCAUACCGUCGCUGCCGGCGUGCAUGGAGGGCAUUUUGAGAAACCCGGUCGCGGGCGCUCCGUGCCCGCUGUGGCGAUCCUACUUCCUGCGUCUGGGCUUGGUUCAUGCGGCGAAAGAACUCCUGCUGAAGCGCUCUCUCCUCGAGGCCGGCGCGUUGCCUGUAGCUCCGACCCGGAGGCGCUUGUCGCUGACGGGCGAGGGCAGCAAGGCCUCCGCGGAGAGACCCGCUGCGCAAGAGGAGCGCGGAGGCGAGUUUGAUUUGCAGCGAGAAGCGCACGCCGAAGGCGUUGUAGCUGCAGGAGCCAAACUUGAGCGAGACGAGAUUCCCUCAAAGACCUCACACGCGACGGCCACAGUCCAUGCGCUGAAACCUGUGGCGGCGCAGCAGGCACAGAGAGAAUCGGGUGACGAUAGCAUUUUGGCUUCUCCGCGGGCGCCCAAGAAACGCCGAAGCGCCGAGUGUCGCGCGCAUUGA